AUGUCCGCCCAGCCAAAUACCAAGUUCGCUCCCGCUCCCAAAACGACGGUCAACGGCCGCGAGAUGAGCUUCAAGGAGCAGCUGGACCAAGCGGCGCACGACGCGCGAGAACCCGACGAGCCGCCGAAGCAGAACCCGAUCAUCGAGAAAGCCGCCGCCAAGAUCCUCGGCAACCCGCCAGAGGAGAAGGAGGAAAAGAUCUCGCGCCCGGGCAUCCCUGGCCCCCCGGAACGACCGUACAACGACGCGCAGGUGGAGGAGUUUAUCCGGCAGCAGCACCGCAGCAAGGGAGAGGACGGCAUGCUGGAAUGA